UAACAGAUGUCCCAACAUCAGUUGAUUUGAGAAAACCCCCCCGUUCUUGACUAGAGAGAGAAACUAGAGAGCGAGAGAGCGAGAGAAGAAAUAUAGAGAGAAAUAGAGAGAGGGUUUCUUCUAAAACAUGCCUCUCUCAUACCCUUAGCUGGCAAUGUCGAGACCUACAAUACAGAGUCCACCCGGUUUCGCCGCCGGUGCCUCUCGCCGCCACUACAAUGUCUCUGCCUCCGUCUCCAUCUCAGAUUCAGUCUCAGUCUCAGUCUCAGUCGCCAGAGCACUCAGCGACAUCUAGCUUGUACUGCCCAGAAGACGCCGGCGACGUCGCCUCCUCUGAUGUCGACGCCGCCAUCUGGAUCUCUCCUCCACCGCCCGAUUACUCUCUCUCCGACCUCCUCCUCUCAGAGCCCCACCACAUGCCCCUCCCGGACUACCUCCGCCGUUGCCGCGACCGCUCCGUCGAUCUUACCGCCCGCCAGGACUCCAUCAACUGGAUCCUCAAGGUGCACGCAUUUUACCGGUUCAGACCGGUGACGGCGAUGCUAUCGGUGAACUACCUGGACCGUUUUCUCUCGUCCAAUGCACUUCCGCAAGGAAACGGGUGGCCCUUUCAGCUGCUCUCGGUGGCGUGCCUCUCACUUGCGGCCAAAAUGGAAGAACCGCAAGUGCCGCUCUUAAUCGCCCUCCAGGCAUUCGAACCCCGGUUUGUGUUCGAACCAAAAACGGUUCAGAGAAUGGAGCUCUUCGUCAUGUCCAAUCUCAAAUGGAGGCUCCGCUCCGUAACCCCUUUCGAUUAUCUCGACUAUUUCAUCUCCAGGCUCCCCUCGUCGUCUUCCGUCCCCAGUCAGCAAUUUUUUGGUCGCGUGCUAUCAGUUUCGUCGGAUCUCAUUCUCCGCACUACCCGGGCGAUAGAUUUCUUGGGGUUUCCGCCGUCGGCCAUUGCAGCGGCUGCAGUGCUCUCUGCCGCCGGCGAAAGCGUCGAUCUUUCGGCUGCGAAUGACCGGCUACUACCGGCGUCGUACUGUGAGCUAGUGAACAAAGAGAUGGUGAGAAGCUGUCACCAACUAAUGGAGGAGUACCUGGUGGACACGUGUCCGGCAGCUCGCCAUAAAGAGCGGACAGCUGAGCCGCCGGCGCCGCCCAGUCCCGUCGGCGUACUGGACGCGGCCGCCUGUGGGAGUUGCGACACUCGGUCCGGGAACCCAGGCUCCGGCCAAGCAGAGCCGCCGAACAAGCGGCCCCGACCCUCUUUGCCAGAUGUACAUCGCGAGUAGAUAAGAUCACCGCCGGCGCAGCCUCCACAGCCGUCUCUCCUCUCCUUCCUAUAUUUUUCCCUCUGAAAAGAGAGAAGUACCUUUUAUUUUUUUGGGGCAUUCUCCAUGUCGUUGAUUAUAAAAUGAACGGUUAGAUGGAAGAGGAAUUUUGGAUAUUUUAUUAUAAUUAUAAAUAUUGUUUUAUAAA